AGGCCCAGCAUAAGUUUCGUCCAUAUUCGAGAAGUCUUCACUACUACAUUCGCAUUUAUGACGAGAGUACAACUCCAGUAGCAGUACCGUUUGGGUAAAUACAUUACAUCAUUUUGCGAUCCAGAAGAAGUGCCAGUAUAUAUUCGCGGGAACAAGAAAUUCCGGACGAAAAAAUACCUACAACUACCCAAUCCCUAUGUGGUUGUGGUUCUCGCGAACAUGGACCGCAUGCAUAGGUUCGUGUGCGUCUCUGAUAUUCCUACCUUUCUUAGACACAAGCCAACAAACAAUUUCUAUUUCAUUCGCUAGUUGCCAGAAAAUUUCCAUUCACUCAGCGUAUUAUUACGACACAAUGGCAGAGGAGCAGAAGCAAACUAAGCCAGAAGCAGCAAAAGUUCAGCCCGAAGCCGAAGCGACAACCACGGAACAAGAGCAAAAAAAAAGCCCAGAGCUUGUUGAGCCGAAGCCGAAGCAGCAAUGGGUAAUCACGCUGACCAAUCUGUUGGAGUCCGCGCCGAACGCCGAGGCUCCUGCGCUUGCCGAGCAGCUGAACAAAUUGGGUUUCACGGAGGUUACUACCAAAUCGGUGAAGAAUAAAAUCAAAAGCGACGCCCUGCGGAAGGUGGCGGAAGCCACCGCGGCGUCCCGCUUGGACAAGUUUGAGCAAAUGUUGCAAAAGUACGCGAAAGCCGACGUGGCGCGGGCGUUUGGGUCCCGUCAGCGGUUCCCGCAGACGGGGCAGUGGACGUGGCCCGAGGAUGCGUUCUUGGGCAAUCCGGUGAAAGACCCGUUCCACCCCGCGUCGCCGUUUAAACACCAGCUCCCGAAGAACUUCCUCGAGGUGUUGUCUCCGGACAUGUACAAGUACAAGCAGAUGACCGGCGAGCACGCGCACUGCAAGCACACCAGCCAUCUGAUGCAGUACCUGCUCCGCGUGGCGGGCGGAGCGCCGAACGGCAUCCGACACGCCAUCAGCGCACCGUACUUUGAUCCGAAGAAGAAACAGGUGUUCUACUCUUUUGCCGACCAGUUGGGGAGCAAACCGAUUACGAUGCCGGCUCAAGUGCGUCAGUCGUUCGAGCAGCGCGGGUGGAAAGUGUUCAAGGAUUUUGUCGCCGAUGUCGGUGGGUUUUUCGAAGUAGGAGGUCGGGUGACAGAACAAGAGGAGCAAAAAACUACAACUACGCCUUCGGCUGCAGCUUUCACUCCCACGAUCGACACACUGAUUCUGGACUUGGACACCUUCGGCUACGCUUUCGGCAACAACACCGGGCACGGGAUGCUGAUUUUCAAGCUGAAAGUGAACCAGGAAAAAACGCUGUUUCGCGUCGUACACAUAUCAAGGGCAAAAAUGCCUGGGUCUGGAAGAAUGCAAGUUUGUCAUGCUUGUCCCGCAUGACUCUUGAAUCUGUCAUGUAUGAGCAGGAAAGCAGCCUCUUACCUGUCAUGCAAAAACGCAGUUUGUCAUGCGGGAAGCGAAGACCAUAGGAGCUCAGAAACUUGUCAUGUGUGGCUGCGUAACGCAGUGCGCCCACCAUGCACAAACCAGCAUCACCUGUAGUUUCCAGACCCAGACACUUUUGCAGAUGAUGACACAGUUUCGCGCACAAGUUUUCGCUGGACCAGUGGAUGUAUCAAAUGCAAAAAUGUUUGGGUCUGGAAGGAUGCGAACUUGUGAUGCGUACUUGGAUCAUCACACAAAAAUAUGUCAUGCUUAGACAGCAAAGGGAGCUCCUUUUCCUGUCGCCGAUAGAAGGUGUUUGUCAUGCGGAUUAAGCAUUGGGAAGCCGUCUCAAAACCUGUGAUGCUAGGCCUUGCAUGGCACACCUUCUGUGUCAAGCAGACACAGCAGCACAAACGUCAGCAAUCUUCCAGACCCAGACACUCUUGCAAUGUAUAGGAUGCAGACGAGUGCGUGGCUCACGGUCGCGGAGGCGCAGAAGUACUGGGAGGAGGGGAUCAAGCCGUUUGUCUUUUCCCGCGCGGACGAGAAGGAAAAGGCGAAAGCGGCUUUUUCCGUUCUGUUUCAGGAGUUUGUGGAACCAGAAUUCGACACCGUAAGCUGGGACCAGCGCAAGGGCUUUUCGAACGGGCAGAGCCUCAGCGUCAGCAGGGUCGACGCCGUGGGGUAUGAGAAGUUUGUGGAAGACGUGUUACCGCGGUUUUAUGACGCGUUCGCGGGGUUGCAGUAGAAGAGGGAAGUCGUACGUUGAGCGGCUUGGAUAGGUAUUUAGAUGAUGAUGUCCUGCCUCUGAGCAAGUAGAGUGUGACAGGCGGUUGCACAUGACACUUCAAAACGACCGCGAAAAAGAUACAACUCUGUGCACCACAACAUAAGUAUUUUGAAUUGAAAUUCGAAUGCGUCAAUUUCUUGAUAUUCCUAAAGGCAUGAGCACAACAAGGGUCGUUGUCCAUAGUGACCUCGAUAGUACAUGACAAUUCGAUUCUUGGUUGCGAUCUUCGAUAUUAACGAAAGCAGCCUAUUGGAUUUGGUCAAGCGAAGAUGAGAAGCCGAGACGAAAACCUAAACCCGUUCUUUUUUUUCUGAAAAAUAAAAAUUCAUGGCGCAGCACAAGCGGUCAACUCGUC